AGCGUCCGCUCCGCUGUCAUUGUGGCCGUUCUGCAGCCGCACAUGCUGUUCGGGAGCCGUGUGGUGCCGGAACGUAUGCUGCCAUGAGUGCUCUUUGUCGCCUGGUUCAGAGGGGACUGCUGAGCGGUCGACCGCUGUGCCGUCUCUUCUCGGGAGAGCAGGAUGGGUUCGGGGUGUCUCCCGCGGUCAGGACCGCCAGCUCGUCCAGUUCUGUCAACUUGACCUAUGAUGUCUUCGAUGGGAAGGGAGAAAGUACCCCCCUGGUGUUUCUACACGGCCUUUUUGGCAGUAAAUCUAACUUCCACUCAAUCGCAAAGUCAUUGGUGCAGCGGACAGGACGAAAGGUGUUGACUGUAGAUGCCCGUAACCAUGGAAGCAGCCCCCACAACCCUGUACUCACCUAUGAAGCCAUGAGUAAUGAUUUGAAACACCUCCUUGGCAAGCUGCAUAUUGAGAAGUGCGUUCUCAUCGGCCACAGCAUGGGAGGGAAGACGGCCAUGGUGACGGCUCUGAUGCAGCCUCAGGUAGUGGAGCGUUUGGUGGUCGUAGACAUCAGUCCAGCCCAGACCACCUCACGCACCAACUUCCGCUACUACAUUCAAGCCAUGCAGCAGAUGAAGAUCUCCAGUGACAUCCCUCGUUCCACCGCCAGGCGGAUGGCUGAGGAUCAGCUGCGAAGUCUGGUCAAGGAGCACUCGGUGCGUCAGUUCCUCCUGACUAACCUGGUGGAGCAGAACGGACACUAUGCCUGGAGAGUCAACCUGGAGGCCAUCGCGGCACAUCUUGAUGAGAUCAUGAGUUUCCCCACUUUUAAGUCCAACUAUGAGGGACCAACACUGUUUCUGGGUGGAGCCAGUUCUGCUUAUAUCAGCUCCGACGAUUACCCAGAAAUCCAGAGGCUGUUCCCCAGUGCUGACAUCCAGUACAUCCCCGAUGCAAGCCACUGGAUACACGCAGACAAACCUUUAGAUUUCAUCAGCUCUAUCAGUUCCUUCCUUCAGUCUUAGAUGCCUCCAGCUUGCGCUUAAGAACUUUUUUAAACUUAGCACAUCUGAGUGUCCAGUCGCUGAGAAACUGAAGGUGACACUUCAUCAACUUCAGCCCGAGCGAGUGGAAUCAUUAAUGAUGCUAAUAUUUGCCAACUCUGGACCAAACUCCCUCUUUUUGCAGCAGGCAGGUCUCACCUUUGAACAUUAGCAGUUAGUGUUGUGUAGUUCGUAAACCUUUUUGAGUGUUUUUUUUGUUUUUCUUUUGAGUCUCUCUGCCAGUCAGGUAGCAUUGCUAGAUUUACCCGUUUCUAGAUAGGAUUUUGUAGAUAGUAAGUUAGUCUAUAGCAAUGAGAAUAUCUCCGGUUUAACAUAAUGGGGCUGUUUUUGGAGGCGAUCUACUAAUCCAAAGAAACUCUCAUUUGCACAGGGCUGUCUUUAUGUCGGUAUAUUUAUGCCAGUAUAACACUAACAUAACAUGCAGUGGUUCUAGGCCAAGUACAAUCUGAGGCUGCUGUGAAAUGGCUGUAAGUUGUGACUGUAGUGAACAAAAAUACUGUAUAUCUGAAACGGUUUUUGAUAGAAAGAAAAACUCUUAGCAGGUUGGAGCUCUGCACAGAGGCUGUAGUGACGUAGUGGUGUGGGAAAUAAUUUCAGCAUCGAUAGAUGCGGUUUCAGUAUUCUGUGUAUCUGUGUUUUUUAUUCCUUGUGUGCAUCGGCUGUGUGUCAGAAACCAUUUACAGGUCGCUUACUUUGUCAUAACUAAUUGCUAACGAGAGCAUUGGUUGUAUCCGUAUGCUACUAUAAUUGUGUACUGUAUGAAAAGCAAGCUGAAGCUUUCCAACGCCGUAAUUAGCACCAACAGAUUCCCGAGUAGCUCAGGUUACAACUGGACAUGCUGUUUCUUCUGCACUUUGGCUAUUCUUUUGUGUUACUGUCAGCAAAUCGUGGUAACGUCGUGUCUUUGUACUUGCUCCAUCCUUUCCGUGUUUGAUGAAAUAAUCUUUUACCAGUUAACUAUGUGUAUCUCACUUAUACAAAUACGGCACAAGGCUAUAUGGGAAUAUCACAAAUGUAUGCUGCAACACUGUAUGUUGUUAUCUAACAAUGAUUUGUUAAUAUCAUUAAAGUCUCCAUGGGAUUGAUGAGUUCAAUAGUAGAACUGCCAUCUUUAUAAAUUGACAGGGUGUUGUUCAUUCGUAUGUGCCUAUUUUAUCAAGAGUUCCUGUUCCAUUUCUGAAAAACUUUAUUUCAAGAGAAGAAAAUAUACAAAAAAUUGUAUUCUGUAAUUAUGCCUAAUAUACUUUUGAUUGGCAGCUGGGUUGCCAGUUCUGUAUGUUACAGUCAUGUGUUUUUUGUUUGUAUGAUGUGAAUAUAUAAGUGUAAAGGGUUUCAAACUAUCAGAAUUAAAAAGAGUGAAGGUU